GGGUCGGGCGGAUCCGCUUUCUUCUGAAUCUCUCCUCUCCCUUCUCUAUCGAUCGAUCUCAAAGGAAACUCUCGUCGCUCUUCCCUGUUAUACUUAUUCCCUUUCCUGCCACCUCUUGAAUCCCGAGUGAUUCGCUUCGAUUUGAUCGAUUGCUUUCUAUCUUUCUCCGGCGAUCCCUCUGGUACAAAUUUGAGUCUUUCUUGGAUUAGGGCUUGGGGAGUCGUGGUGCCGCAGAGACAUGUCCGCAGGCCCGCCGCCGGAGAAGGAGCCAGACGAUCUUAAUCCUGACUUUGUGGAGAUCGACCCCACGAGGCGUUAUGGAAGGUAUAAUGAGGUCCUAGGGAAGGGCGCUUUCAAGACUGUAUACAAGGCUUUUGAUGAAUUAGAAGGAAUAGAAGUUGCUUGGAAUCAGGUGAAGGUGGUAGAUUUGCUGAGAAACGCAGAUGACCUGGAUAGACUCUAUUCUGAGGUUCACUUGCUGAAGACCCUGAAGCACAAGAACAUUAUCAAGUUUUACAGCUCAUGGGUUGACGCCAAGAAUAAUAAUAUCAAUUUUAUCACCGAGGUCUUUACGUCAGGGACAUUGCGCCAGUAUCGGAAAAAACAUAAGCAUGUCGAUACAAGAGCAUUGAAGAAGUGGUCAAGGCAAAUUUUGAGUGGGCUUCUCUACCUCCAUAGUAAUGAUCCGCCAGUUAUCCAUCGAGAUCUAAAAUGUGAUAAUCUAUUUGUGAAUGGAAAUCAAGGGGAGGUGAAGAUAGGUGACCUAGGAUUGGCAGCCAUUCUUCGCCAUGCUAACUCUGCUCACAGUGUUAUUGGGACACCGGAGUUCAUGGCUCCAGAACUUUACGAGGAAGAAUACAAUGAGCUUGUAGAUAUAUAUGCAUUUGGCAUGUGUUUACUAGAGUUGGUGACAUUUGAGUAUCCAUAUGUGGAAUGCAGCAAUGCAGCACAAAUAUACAAGAAAGUAACAUCGGGAGUGAAGCCUGCCUCAUUAGCCAAGGUAAAAGAUCCAGGAGUUAAGAAGUUUAUUGAGAAAUGUAUUGCCAAUGUUUCUGAAAGAUUAUCUGCGAAGGAAUUAUUACAAGAUCCUUUUCUUCAAUUGGACUCAGAAAAUGAUCUCAUAGGUUCUUCCCAUGGAACAACUUCAAAUCAUCCAGAUAAUGGUGGCCAAUCCAAUGAAAGUGCAAAUUCUAAAUAUGACCAAGAAGAAGGUACAAGUGGUGCAGAUUUUACCAUGGAAGGUCGACGCAAAGACAUUAAUACAAUUUCUUUGAAGCUUCGGUUUGAAGAUUCUACAGGUCAAGUUCGCAACAUUCUUUUCCCAUUUGAUAUCGAAGCAGACACAUCUGUGAGUGUUGCAACAGAAAUGGUGGCUGAGUUAGACCUUACCGAUCAGGAUGUCACGACCGUUGCAGCAAUGAUAGAUGCUGAGAUACAAGCCUCUUUUCCAGACUGGAGGCCUUUUGCAAAUGGCAAUGAUGGAACAAUUUCAGACAGCAAUGGACAUGCUUCCGAAGCUGAAAACGAAGUUUCUGCUUUGCCCAAUGAAUUAGAUCCAUCAGGUAACCUCUUUCUGGAACGUCUUCAUUCUGGUAGUGUGGACUCGUCAUCAUCCUUUGCACAAUCGAAUGCAUAUGAGUUAGUUUCACAUGGAAGUUGGGAGCUAUCUGUUGAGGUUUACGAUGGGAAAGAUGACUCAUUUGUUAAAGGUAGCCAAAGGGGGGACUAUCAGUCAAACAGUUCUUCACCGAAACAACAGAGACAACAUUCCACAAAUUUUAGUGAUUAUGUCGAAAAUGAAGUAGUGAUCGGUUCAUCGCCAUUAUCUAUCUUGCAUAACCAAGUCUCUAGCAACAGGCCGGGCAUAGAUCAUGAAGAGACAGUUUUCUGCACUGGAUCUCAAACAUGUAACUGUGGAUCCAAGCUCGAGCAGAAUAUGGAUAACCAUGAGCAAUCGUGUGGAACAUCAGAGCCACUGGAUCAUGAGCAUAUGCAGUUGAUUGCUCAGAAAGUGGAGCAACUGUUGAUCGAACAGAAGAAAGAACUUGAUGAAAUACAAAACAGGCAUGAGAUUGCCAUUGCAGAUGUAUUGAAGGGACUACCAGCCGAGCAACAUGGUACACUUCUAAGUUUGUGUCGAGCAAAAGUUAACAUCAAUAAGCGAACAUAGGUAUGAUGCUAUAUGCUAUUAUCAUCUCUGGUUUGCAGCUUUGCAUGGUGUGGCCUUGUAAGUAGCUUAGGUGUUGUGUGGGUGCUCCGAUAGAAUUAACUAUUGUACCUUCAACCUCUGGUUCACGAUCAAUCUCUUAUUGUUUUUUUCCCCUUUCAUUAUGGAAGUAACUCGAGUAUUGAGCAUUCAAGUCAGUUGUUUACGAGGAUGCCAUUUUCGGUGUCCUUGAAAAGCAUGCUCUUAUCUCAUUGUGUUAUAAUACAUUCCACAGGGCCUUAUACUUGGAUCCUUGACUCGACUUUUGAGUA